AUGUUUGGCGCCAGCAUUUUCGCGGGGAGUGAGGAGUGGACAGACGCAGCGUAGUCGAGAACAUUUAGCAGCACUUUAUGCUAUAAACUCCUCCGAUUCCUCUGAUAUAGUUUGAGUUUUGAUGAAAACGCCUUCAGCGCCUGUCAGCGAGUCCUCAGUCGCGAGGUUGUGAGGAUGAUGGCGGCAGUGCCUUUAUCCAGUACCAGCCUCCUUCCUCUUCUGGAGUGUUUGGAAGAUGAAUCAGCUGGGCUUUCAGCGCAGACGGAUGCCUACAUGACCAUUGCAAACCGUCUCAAUGGAGAAGAAGGAUGCCAGUUUCUGCCUGUGGUUGUUAAGCAUUUUGCACGUCUUAGUAAAGUCCUUUUGGUUCACAUCUCCAGUGAGAAUGAGGAGCUGUGUCAGGCUGCACUGCAGGCUUUGGGAUUCUGUGUCUUCCACUCACACAUAGUUUCAGUCAUACCAGCAAAUAUUUCAGAGGAUAUAUUGUCUACGCUCUGCAAUGUUGUGGUUAAGUCCAAAGAGAAGUUUACGUGCACUCGAGCAUUGUGGGUAAUUUCAAAACAGAGUUUCCCUCCAGAGGUGACAUCCAAAAAGGUCCCAGAGAUUCUCAAGAGCCUGCAGACCAGAGAGGUGCAGUCCAUCCUCAUUGAUCACGAGUCACUCAAUGUCAUCAUAAGGUUACUGGAGCAGGCCCCUGUCCCGAUGGCUGUUGGAGCUGUUAGCUGGGCUAAAAUUGUUAUUCCUCUGGUGGUUAAUUCGGCCAAUAAAGUGCGCCUGCGAGCGGCAGCGGCCCUGGAGCUCGGCAUGCCUCUUCUUUUAGAGAAACAGCAGGAAGUGGCAGCCAUUGUGGAGCCAAUGAUGUCUUCUGUCCUCAUCCCUGAAAUGCAGAAGCUCUUUGCCUCUAAGAAUGAGACAAACAUGUUGAAACUCUGGCCCUUGUUUGUAAGACUUCUGGGGAAGUUGCUCCACAAAGGCGGUGCUUUCAUUAACUCCUUGCUAUAUCUAGAGGAGCUGGGUUUCCGCAACUCCUCUCCUAAUAUUAAGAAGAUUGCUUUCAUAGCUUGGAAGAGCCUCAUUGACAAUUUUGCCCUUAAUCCAGAUAUCCUGUGCAGCAGCAAGCGUCUGAAGCUCCUCAUGCAGCCGCUCAGCUCCAUUCAAGUCAGGACUGAAGCUCUUCUGCUCACCAAGCUGGAGGUCUGGUGGUAUCUCGCAGUCAAGCUCGGACCCAACCUGUCUGCUAACUUUGAACAGGUUGGCGUGCCUCUGUUGCACAGCACACUUUCUUCUGAUUCUCCACUUCCGAGCCCAACUACACCUGCUCGAACCUCUAACCCAAGCAAUGGUACACCUAACACCCCUAAAUCAGGCAUUCCCUCUUGCAGCACGCCGAGCACGACUCCUCGUAUGAAUCUGAACAACAGCAUGCAGGCACCUCAGUCCUACCGCUCCAUUCAGCUCCUGGGACUAGAGAUGCUCCUCCACUGGCUUGUAGGUCCAGAGGUCACAGUCACAGCUGCUAGAGAAAACCUUCAGCUCAGCCUGGAGCCCUUGACGCACCCACUUCUCACCAGCCCUUCCACCUUCAGCAGACAUGCUUCUACCCUCAUAUCUGCCAGCAAAGAAGGCAUCAUUACUGUAGGGAAGCAUGCUCCAGAAGCACUUCUUAAUCUUAUUUGGAGCAACCUGAUCAGUUCUGUCAGUGCAACAAUUGAUGCUGGAAAUAAAAAGGAGCGACAGGGUUCAGAGGUCCUCACACUUUUCCUGCAAGCACUGCAGUCCAUUUUGUCAUCAGACACUCUGCCUCCUGAACGUGCACUGCUUCUGUUAGAAGCCACUGUUAAGGGAAUACCUCAGAAGGUGCUUGGUUCUGCAGCUUAUCAAGUGGCAAACAUGGACGUAUUAAACGGUACUCCUGCACUUUUCCUAAUACUGCUGUUCUAUAAAAGUAAACAGCUCUCAUCAUUUCUUGAAGAUGAAAGGUUUUUUUCAAGCUUGGAGACUCUUGUAAGCUGUGGUUUUUGUGGACCUACAUCGCCCUUGGCAUUUGGAGAGGCAGUUUUAGGAGCAGUUAAUGGGAGUGUGGAGACCGUUAAAAACAAGAAGCAGCUCUGGAGGAUGUGGAAUAUGGUUGUAAAUCCUCUGACGGACACAAUUACUCAGACCAAUGAAGUCAACCAAGGCGAUGCUCUGGAGCAUAACUUCAGUGCCAUUUACAGUGCGUUGAUGUUCCCAGUCAUCCACCUGCUGCCUGGUUCAGCCUUACCACAGACCACUCAGAAGGCUAUGAUCAGCACAUGGUCCAGGCUUUACAAGGCUUUUGCCCGUUGCUCAGCUUUGGUUGCCACAGCAGAGGAGAAUACAUGCUGUGAAGAGUUGUGUGUCAAGAUCUCUGCCUCUCUUGACCGCGAAGCUCUGAAAAGUCUGUCUAUGCUAGAUGCAAUAGCACAUAUCUUGCUCAUCAUCGUUGAGAGUAUGGACUUUUCUCCAUAUACCCCACAGUUCCAGCAGAAGAUGAAAUCUCCUCGUACACCCAUGAGUUGGGUACGCAAGAGAAGCAGAGCCCUGGGGAAUCUCUCAACCUUCCACAAUCUUCUGAUGCAGACUCUGGAGGCUUUUCUUACUGCAGAAUCUCCAGAAGAAUCUGUAGAGACUUUAAAUGGACUCUGUUCAGCCCUGGUUUCAAUCUUGUCCUCUCUUUUCACUAAUAUUACCCUUCCCUCAUUCAUACAAGAGGUGCUCUCCAGCCUCACCAAACCGCUUGCACGUCUUUAUAAGCAGUUCUCCUGUUGUGAUGACCCAUCAAAGCUCAGUCCAGAACUAGGACACAAGCUGGAGAAACUGGCUACAGACUUGCUUGGCUGCCUUCAAACACAUUUGACUCUCCAUGAUGAUGAAUUCCUCGCUGUGUUGUCGCCCUUGCUUUGUGUACUUUUUCUGCACAAGAGCAAGCAGGUUUGCUCUGUGGUCACUCAAUUCUGGAAUGCCACUUUUGGAAAUGCGGUCACCUUGAGUUACCCAGAACCUCUGAAGUGUGUUUUAAAUCAGGCUAAGCAGAAGACUCCACUGAUUUUACCUGGUUUUGAAGUUGUUGAUGGACCAGAUGAUUACAGUGGUACAUAUAUGAGUGAGAGUUCUCAGCUGGAGCCUCAGAUUAGUGGGGUAAAAGUGACCUCUGUGGGAAAGAGGGACUCUCUUUUGGCAAGAGCAGAAGAGCUUACAGGAAAACGUUCUGUAACCACAUCAAAACCUGUGUCUGUGAAGCUGGAUUUUGGUUCCCCCAAGCCCUUAAGACGAGAAGCUCUUGAGGAGGAAGCAUCUAAAGAUUUUGUUUUUAUUCCACCUGAGAUGAAAGAGAGAGUGCUGACUGAACACCAGAAGGAAGUGAAAAGGACUAAACGGGUUGACAUUCCUGCCCUGUACAAUAAUCUGGAUGCCUCCAUGGACACCACAGACUUUUCACAGUAUACUCAGAGUCAGGAGGAGUCAAUGGACACAUUGCCUAAAGAUGAGAAGGAUCAACCUGUGGAAGCAGCUAGUGUUCAGCUGAAGGAGGUUGCCUCAAAUGAAGAACCAAUCACAAAAGUCCAAAAAGUCACCAGUUCUAAUAUCGAAACUCCAGAUAUAGCUACACCGAAUAAAGAUCAAACUUCGGAGAUGGAUCAAUCACCAUCUAGUGGUGUCUCAGUUGAUGUGAGUGGACUUGAGAAAAGCGGAUUGGAGGGGACAAGUCCUAAUAUUUCAAGUUCAUCUGAUAUGGUAUCUGGCACACCUCCAAAACCUAACAGCAGGCGUCAAUCAUUUAUAACCUUAGAAAAAUAUGUUGAAGGGAAAUCGACAAGUCCGGCAAGUCCUGCAUUUACAGGUACUCUCACCCGGAGAUCAAGAAGACUGGAGGCUUCACAGGCAUCGGCGUCAAAUCAAAAUGAUUCUCAGCCUCAGAAUAAAAAAGUGGAUGCUCUGGAAUCUCAGUCAAUGAGCAACAUUGACAUGUCCACUCAAAAUGAGCAUGCUAGCAUGGAAGUAAAAGAUGAGAAGUCAGUGGGAGCUAAUCCACAUGAAGGUACAGAUGAGGAAGAUGUUGUCCCAGAUACCCAGACCCAAGUAACUGGUGACACCUUGGGUAUUAAAGGCAGUCCUGUGUCUAAAGCCCAUGUGGAGGGACAAGGAACUCCUGAAGAAAAUUCACAGAGUCCUAAAGAUUUUCAAGCUAGUCAAGAACCAAGAAGGUCUGGCAGAAGGCGAAGUAAACCUGUUCGUCCAGGGCAAGAUGCAGAGGAAAUAAAAAGUAAAUCUCAAGAACAAGCCAGUCAACCUGCAAACUCUGCAAUAACAAAUUCACAAAAGACCCUUCCUGCGUCACCUAGUAGCACUUUGACUGGAAAGAGAAAAAAAAAGGUUAUUGAGACCAAUAAAACUGAAGGUGACCAGCUGAACAAUGAAGAAAUAAAAGGUGAUCUCAGCCUAAGUGAUUCACAGCUUUCUUCUGCUGACCCUCCACAGAUAGUAGAUAUGCUUGCCAAUAAAGACUUAAGCCAGACUGAGUUAUCUCCCAAGAGUUCUCCUGUAACCCAGUCAAAUAGCCAAAGCAAAGAGAAACUGCCAGCUCCCUGCGAGUCUGAGAGUAUGUUAGUGGGUAGACAGAAGAAGACAAAAACACAACCUAAGGAAUCCACAGAAAAAGAGACCGAUAAUGACUCUCAAAACACUUCAUCUGCAACAAGUCAAAAACAUAUACAGUCUACCACAUCUGACUCAGAGUCUGAUAGCCAGCAAAUUGUCCGUAAACGAAGAUCGAGGAGAUCUGAAUCAAUGUUACUGGAGAUAUCUGGUGUGCCAAACAAAGAAGACUUGAAUCAGACAGACUCCCAAACUCCAACACCAGUGAAGGGAAGAGCUAUGAGGAGAAGAACCGCAGAAGAAGGUGCAGAGUCUAGUAAAGAUCCCACAUCAGCGGUAAAUGCAGAGGAGUUAAGUGCAAGCAAGGAGUCAUCUCAAGAGCUUGGUAGAUACAGAACUCGACGUUCUAGGGGUUUGUUGUCUCCUAGUGAGAGUAUGGAGUCUGAAAACUCUGAUAGCCGAGAAGAUGGAGCAAAGCCUAAAAAGAGGCUGCGAAAACCACUGUCAACAGAGGUGUUACCUGUUGCUUCAGAACCCAAAGUUACUGAGAUUGCACCAGAUAAGGAGGAUGUUCAGUCAGAAGUUUUAAUGGAGACGUCACAGGAUGAGAGAGAUCCUGAAAAUAUCUUGAAUACUUCAGUCAGUGAGAGCAAAGCACUUGAGCAAAAGAAUAAAGAGGAGAUCCCUGCUCCUUGUGGUACACCACAUGAACAGAUUAUCAUGGAAAAGGCAGCAUCACGAGACAAAAUUGACAAUGACUUAACUGAUACAGACGAAAAAGGAACAGUCAAGGCAGAGGGUGAAGAAGCAAAUGAGUCUUUGCAGACUGGAUCAGAAGAUUUCAAAAAGGCAGUUGUUUUGCAUAAAUGCCCACAUACAAAGGGACGGGGCCGUACACGUAGACGAUCUAAAAACUGCAACUGCUUUUCCAACAACCGUGAUGUGUUUUCACAAGACAGUAACUUCCAAGAAUCGCAAGAUCUAAAAAAUGAACAGGUUCCACUUGCUGCCAACAUCUUGCACUCUCAACCUGAUCAGUCAAGCCCAACAACUGCAUCAGAGCAAAGCAAAAGCUCAGCAAUUGAAGAGAUCCCUGUUGCUGAUGUUCCAUCACUUUCAGUGUUACCUGCUGAACUACCAUCUGAGGUUUUGUCUUCUGAAAGUCCCAUUACAAAGCUUGGGGUAAUUGUUUCUCAGCUUCCAGAAGUGGAAAAAGAAGCACAGCCUGAAUUAUCCAAACCAAUGGAGGAUUCAAGCAAGGAGCUGGUAGAAGUAAAUCAGUUAAAAAGUUCUGCAUCCACAGGUGGUCAAAAGCUCAAAGGAGAUGAUAGAUUAGAAAACGCCUUAGUAAGCCAAGAACCUGUCCAAUGUUCAACGCCUCAAGACACCUCUCCAAGUCAAGGUCGCCCAGUGGACGAUGCACCAAUAUGCCAGGAGCAGCUAGAGUCUUCUCAUGUCCAGCAGGAAGAUGCAGUUAACCCAGCAGUGAUGGAAAGAGAAGACCUUGCCGGGUCAGAGCAGAGACAAGAGAAGACUGUGUUGCCUGAGGAGUCUAAUAAAGAAGAAUUGCUUGACAAGGAAAUUGCUCUUGUCGAAAAGGAAGAAGAGAUACAGUUUAAUAACCAGGAUCUUCCUGUGGAUGUCCAAGAGGAGUUAUCUGUACCGCCCCUGAGUAGCACAUCUGAAGCCUGCUUGGAUUCUCCACCUAAACCUAAACUGUUAAGCGCACUCAGUGGUGAACUGGAGUCUGGCCAGAGUCCAACCAGAAGUCGUUCUAGAGUCUGGUCACCAUCUGCUUCCCCGUCUACCAGUAUUCUGAAGAAGGGUCAGAAGAGAACAUGUGAAGAGGAGACUCCAUCCCCUCUUCCCAAGUCACGUCGAGUGUCUUUUGCAACUCCAAUUUACCAGCAAGAACUGGCUGAUGACAUUGAUCGUCGUAGUCCGGUUAUUCGCACAAGUUCUCCUAGGUCAAAAGUCUUGAGCGGACAGUCAAAGUACAUCACUACACCAACAAAAGGCUAUACAAGUCUGAGUCCACGUAACCUCCGUAGCCCUGGAUCCAAAAGCUCUAAAAAAUGUCUGAUUUCAGAGAUGAGCCAGGAGCCACGUCCUAUUCCUAAAGAUUGUGUUUAUCCAGCACUUGUUGGUUGCUCUACCCCAGUAGAGGCUGUUCUGCCACAGAUUUCCUCCAACAUGUGGCCACGUGGCUUUGGCCAGCUUGUUCGAGCCAGGAAUAUUAAGACAGUAGGAGAUCUGAGUGCUCUUACCCCUAGUGAAAUCAAGUCUCUUCCUAUUCGCUCACCUAAGCUGUCCAAUGUGAGGAAGGCACUUAAAACAUAUCAUGAACAACAGAGAAAAGGACGCUCAGAUGACCUCAAGAGUUUUGACGAAAUGGAGAAAAUGACAUCUGAACCUGAAGAGAUGGAGCUUCCUCAAAACCAAGAUGAGGAGCAAACAUCAGGGCCAGAGGCUCAAACAACAGAAUCAGAGACUCAAGAAGACAAACCAUCAGAAGUGGAAGUAAAUUCAGAAGUGGUGACUGAAGAGAACCAAUCUCAUGAUUUGCUCUCAGAUAUUGUAGCUCUUGGUGAACGCUUUACUUCUGAGGAACUUGGUCAGCGUUCAGCCAGUCAGUUGGGUCUGAUGCACGAACAUCUGAGUGGAAUGAUGAGGAGCAUUGUGAUCCAUCUGCAGUCCCGCUUGCUCACUAAUUUGGACGAUAGCUUGCCAUGAAGACAUAAGAGACAGUUUUCCUGACAGGAAUUCACUUUUAACUUGAAGAUUAACUGUGGACUGCUCAUUCCUCAAGUUUUAGCUUGAAUUUUAGGAUAGAUUAAUUUCUAAUUAUGGUCUCUGAGAAUAGACUUGAAUGGCCAAAAGCCAUUUCUAUUACUCCGCAAGUGUCUGUAUUUUAUGGAGUGAUUUUUAAGGUUGUAAAAUUGUGCCGAGAUGCCAAGGAAGCAUUUUUUUGUUUUUUAAAUAAAGUUAUAGUAUUAAUACAA